CGUACUAAAACCUAACAAUGACCUAAACUCUGGCCCCACGUACUACAAAUAGUUAACCAGAAGCUGCGCCGAAUGCCGAACCAGCGCCAUGACUGACCUUAAUCAUUGGCUCAACUACUUAAUGCCAUUUAAGAAGAAUAAAAAGGAGGGGGACACAACCGCGGGGGUGGAUACCCUUGUACGACACAUCUUGGAUAAGGAUGUCUGCAAGAAUGUGUUCAUUCUGGCGGGAGCUGGGAUAUCGACUUCUGCUGGCAUCCCUGACUUCCGAUCGCCCAAAACAGGACUCUACGCCAAUCUCGCACGAUUGAAUCUACCUUAUCCCGAGGCCGUCUUUGACAUUGGCUUCUUUGAAGAACGGCCAGAACCAUUCUAUGCUCUUGCCAAAGAGUUGGAGCCAGGAAAGUUCCGUCCUACAAUCACUCAUUCAUUCAUUCGGUUACUACAUGAAAAGGGCCUUCUUCAUACCUGCUUCACUCAGAACAUAGAUACUCUAGAACGUCGAGCUGGCGUACCUGUUGAAAGACUCAUCGAGGCCCAUGGUAGCUUUGCGACCCAUUCAUGCAUCAAAUGCGGUGCAUCGUAUCCGGAUGACAAAAUGCGCGAAUGUGUAGCUGUCCAACGAAUCCCGCGAUGCUCAAAAUGCAAGGGCUUGGUCAAGCCAAAUAUCGUUUUCUUUGGCGAGUCGCUACCCACUUCAUUCGGCAAAGCCGUCCCAUCUCUACGGACUGCGGACUUGCUUAUCAUCCUUGGCACCUCGUUGUCGGUGUUCCCAUUCGCCUCCCUUACCUAUUAUGUCCCAAAAAGUUGUCCUCGCGUGCUCAUUAAUCUUGACAAAGUUGGGGAUAUUGGAUCUCGAGAAAAGGAUAUUCUCCUCCUAGGGGACUGUGAUACGGUUGUACGCCAGCUUUGUACGAAGUUGGGGUGGGGUGACGAGCUAGAAGCUCUAUGGGAAGUAACGGGAGAUCUCGUGGAAAGAGACAGUGAAGCGGAAAGCAAAGGAAAAUCCCUUGCCACGACGGAGGAAUCGAAAGACGAAAAACUUUCCCGGGAGGUGGAAGCUCUCACUAAAGAAGUCGAGAAGACCCUCAAAAUAUCUGAGGAGCAUGUCAAGGUGGUAAAUCUGGAGCUUGCAGAAUCUUCCAAUACUGGGGAGACACCAUUGAGAGAAACAGUAAAGGACUCAGACGAGAAGCUGGGGAACCGCUCCGAAGUCCCAAAGACCGAAAGUGACGAUCAAACGGAUACUCCUGAAAACGCUGGGACGGUAGCCGAUUAUGAGAAUCCUGGUACUAUCCUGGACAAGACGAAUUUGUGAUUGUUCGCUGUCUGGCCCACUUAUUCUAUUUCUUGUCAUUUCGUGUCUUGUAUUACGUCGUGUAUGAUGUACAUCUCUAGGUGUUUGGCAACAUAUGGUCGAACCUCUUCUCGCUCGACCCGCUGAGUUUGCAUUUUGUGUCGCUGUCAAAUUAAGCAGCCAAGUC